AUGAGCAAUUUAAAUGAUUCUGGAAUGAUACAAAACCAUAAUCAAGUCUCCAAUUUGUCAAAUGCAUUGCGUCAAGUGAAUAUAGGAAACAGUAAUACGACUACUGAUCAAAGCAAUAUAAAUUUGGAGUUAUCAUCAGAAAGUAAUAACAAUAAUAGCAAUCCAAGUAAUAACGUGAAUAAUAAUAUCCCAACCCAUCGAAAUUAUGAACAAGAACAAGAGAAUCGAAAUUAUGUGCAACAACAGCAACAGCAGCAACAAGAACAAGAUAAUCGAAAUUAUGAACAACAAGGACAAAUAAAUUCACAAAACAUACAACAACAGGAAAAUCAUCAUCAUACUCAUAAUAUGAAUAUACAACAGCAUCAAAACCAUCAUCCGGGACAACAAUUACAACAACCUCAAGCACCAUUCGGAGAUGUUGAAUACUCAAGAAUCACAAAAUUUUUCCAAAAUCAACCAAUGGAAGGUUACACGUUGUUCUCUCAUCGAUCUGCCCCAAAUGGGUUCAAAGUUGCUAUUGUGUUAAGUGAAUUAGGACUACAAUACAAUACAAUUUUUUUAGAUUUCAAUGUUGGAGAACACCGAGCACCAGAAUUCGUAUCAAUGAAUCCCAACGCAAGAGUCCCCGCAUUAAUUGAUCAUAACAUGGAUAAUUUAUCCAUAUGGGAGUCAGGAGCCAUCUUAUUACAUCUAGUAAAUAAAUACUAUAAAGAAACUGGCGAUCCAUUACUUUGGUCUGAUGAUUUAGCUGAUCAAGCACAAAUUAAUGCUUGGUUAUUUUUCCAAACUUCUGGUCAUGCCCCUAUGAUUGGGCAAGCUUUACAUUUCAGUUACUUCCAUUCACAAAAGAUCCCAAGUGCCAUUGAACGUUAUACUGAUGAAGUUAGAAGAGUUUAUGGCGUGGUAGAGAUGGCAUUGGCUGAAAGAAGAGAAGCAGUCGUCAUGGAAAUGGAUACUGAUAAUGCUGCUGCUUAUUCUUCUGGCACAACUCCAUUAUCACAAAGUAGAUUCUUCGAUUAUCCUAUAUGGUUAGUUGGUGAUAAAUUAACAAUUGCUGAUUUAGCCUUCGUACCAUGGAAUAAUGUCGUCGAUAGGAUUGGUAUAAAUAUUAAAGUCGAAUUCCCGGAAGUUUAUAAAUGGACAAAACAUAUGAUGAGAAGACCUGCUGUUGUUAAAGCACUACGCGGUGAAUAA